AUUCUUUGGCUGGCUCUCAAAUCGCGCGUCUCUCGCUCGCUCGGUACAUCAUCCUUCCUACUCAUCCCUGGGACAUCGGCAUCGGCAGUGUGCAGGCUCACCGCCACCUUCCGUCCCGCGGCACCCACAUCGCGGUCUGCAGUCUUCUUCGUGCCCUGCCAACCCGCCUGUAGUGCAGCGCUGCUGCUGCUGCUGCUGCUGCAUUAGGCGCACGGAGGGUGUGGGGGGCUUUGGGAUGCGUUGAGAUCCGUCGCUGGUGCUCUUGCUCGCAGCCGAAGCAGCGAGAGAGAGAGAUAGAUAGAGAGAGAGAGAGAGAGAGAGAGAGAGAGACAGGAAUUAACUCCCGCGUGGGGUGCGGUGUCGACCUCGUCGAUCAGCAUGGCGACUGCUCUGGAGAAAGGAUGGCUGUACCUAAUUAACAACUUCACUGACUUCCAGCUGGCAUCUAUUGGCAGUUUCAUUAUUCACGAGAGUGUGUUCUUCCUUUCUGGUCUUCCAUUCAUUGUUAUGGAGAGAUUGGGUUACCAAAGGCAGUACAAGAUACAGGGAAAGGUUAAUUCUGUUGCAGCACAGGAGAAGUGUGUUAUGAAGCUUUUGAUUUAUCACAUCUGCGUCAAUUUGCCUCUAAUGAUCGUGUCAUAUCCUGUCUUCAAAUACAUGGGCUUCACCAGUCAAUUACCUCUACCUUCCUGGAAUGUAGUGUGCUUUCAGAUACUAUCUUAUUUUAUCUUAGAAGAUUUCAUCUUUUAUUGGGGGCACCGUAUUCUGCACACCAAGUGGCUCUACAAGCACGUGCACAGCGUUCAUCAUGAGUAUGCGACUCCUUUUGGAUUGACAUCUGAGUACGCCCAUCCUGCAGAGAUCCUUUUCCUUGGUUUUGCUACUGUCUUUGGACCAGCCAUUACAGGCCCUCAUCUCUUAACUCUCUGGAUUUGGAUGAGCUUGCGAGUAAUUGAAACCGUGGAAGCCCAUUGCGGCUACGAUUUCCCAUGGAGUCUCUCCAGAUACUUGCCAAUCUACGGAGGUGCUGAUUUUCAUGAUUAUCACCACCGUCUUCUCUACACCAAGUCUGGGAAUUACUCAUCGACGUUCACAUACAUGGAUUGGAUUUUCGGCACAGACAAGGGAUAUCGGAAGCUGAAGGCUUUGAAGGCCGCUGAGCACCAAUACGAGUACGUGGAGGAGAAGGUCCCGAAGGCAGACUGAUCUGAAGCGUGGAUGUAGUUAGUGAAUUGUCCCUGUAACUCUUUGAAUUAGCAGUGAAGGAAAUGGUGAGACCUAGGUGGAUUUCUAGAGCCUUGUAUCCUGUUGUCCGUGCCUGACCGUCCGUUGCGGUCACGGGUCGUCUGUAUAUGGGAGUGAAGAAACACCAGCGACUGGGGCAGGAAAAAUCAGACCCACUAGUUGUUGGUGUUACAAAGGCCAUUGUAGAGUAGAAGAGAUGGGAGAAUGCUAGGGAGAAGUCAUUUUUUUGAAAGCUGAAUCGCCUGAAGAUGUUUGAAGUUGAACAGAAAAAAACUUGCCAGUUCGCAUGUUUGUAACUAUAGCUUGGACUCGCUCAAAUGAACUGGUUCACACAAGAAUAAAUGUUCAGAUGUUAGUACCUA